AUGAGCACUGUUUCUAAUUACUAAUAUUACACCUAGAAUUCUUAUUCAUAUAAUCACACAAUUGUAUUUGAUGUAUACUACAUUUCACAAUGGUCUAAUGACGCACUGAUAUUUGAAUAUAAAAAUUAGGCUUAUUAAUUUAUGUAUUCCACGUAGAAUCCUUUAAAAUUUGAAAAUGGAGCAUGUGAUUCGGAACAACAUGAAGUUAGAACAUAUCAAAUUUCUCUUCCUUAUACUAAUUAAUAUACGAAUAUUAAAUUCAGUCUAACAAACAAUUCGACAAAAGCAUUAAUUAGAAAUAUUCAUUUUUCUUAUAUAUCUUGUCACCCUACCUGUAGAACAUGUACAGGAGAUGGCUUUAAUCAAUGCACAUAAUGUUUCUACGAUGUAAUCCUAAUAGAUGGAAUAUGUAGAUGUCCUAAAGGAAAAACAUUAUAUUCAGAUAGAUGUUAUUAGUAUUGUCCUUUAGGAUUGACGGAUAGUAGGAAAAGGUAUUGUAAAUAGUAUUUAAUAUCUUAUAUCUUGGCUUUAUAUUUAUUCCCUUUCUAAUAUACUCAAUUAAUAAGGUGGGAUAUUAUUUAUGAUCUAAGAUAAUUGAGUAAUGAAAAUAAAAAAAUUGCCCCAUAUUUUGGAAUAUUUAGGUACAAUGAAGGAGCAAGUACUAUAGUUAAUACAACAUAUUUCAUAUAUCCAUUAGGGAUGCAAUUGUAUAUUUAUACUUGUAAUGCGACUCCAAUAAAUUCAGGAAUUUCGUUAUAUUUAAACAAUACUUACUAUUCUUCAAUCUAUUAUGAUGGAACACAAUUUAUUGGAAACAACAUUUAAAUUUUCUAUUAACCUACCAUAGCAUUAAGUGGUUGUUAAACUGCCAAAGCUAUAUUAUUAUAUACGAAUCUCAACGUAGAAUAGGGAAGCUUCACGUUUUCGAUUAAAGGGAACUUUACAUCUGGUAAUUCUGGGUGGUAUUUAACAUAUGCUUUAAUGAGUAGUGCAAACUGUCCAGUUUAUUGUUUAAAGUGUGACAGAGAUUACUUUUGUUCAAAAUGUUAAAUUGGGUUUAAAACCGUAUCUGAUGGUAAUUGUGUAUCAUCAUGUCCAAAAGCAUCAAUACUUUAAAAUAAUAAUUGUAUAAAAUAUGAUUAAGUGACCAAAUACUCAAAGUAUCUUAUAUAGCAAUUCUAUGACUUUAUUGUUCCAGAUAAUAUAAAGUCUUCUUUUGUUUUAGAAUCCUCAACAAGCAAAGACUUUUAAAAAGGCGAUGAAAUUUAUUGGUCGUACAUUGAUUCAAAUGUUGUUUAUGGAGGAAAGUAUGUUUGGGCAACAGCAAGAUUUUCAUAAAUAUAUACCAUUAAUUCCCCAUACCAUUCAUUAACUAUAUAUUUUGAUGCUGUGUUCGGAUGCAAUUUUAAUGGUAUAACAGGAUACUUGGGAUAUUCGAUAAAUAACUAAACUGAAGAAUCAUAUUAAUAUUACGAAUCCUUAACCUACUUUAACAGUUGCAUUUUAAUGUUACGGUUCAACCAAUGA